AUGGACGAACUGCUGAUGACGGAGCUAUCUGCUGAGACGUUCGCAGCACUUCAAGCACAUUUACUGGAACGUCAUCAAGAAGAUGAAAAUAAAGACACACCAGUAUCAGAAGAUUUUCGACUUUCGCAAUUCUGGUAUGAUGAAAAGACUGGACGUGCGUUAGCACAGGAGGCAAUUGAUCAUAGCAGUAAAGAACUGAAGAUUGCUUUUGUCAGUACACCAGCGGCCUAUCGUGCUUUUUUAAAGAUUCAAAGCGAAGAGAAGGAAGAUGACAGAAUCAAGGGCGACAAUGUCUACAUCUUUGAGUUUGACCGUCGAUUUGGAGAAAAGUAUGGGGACCGAUAUUGCUUUUAUGAUUACAAUGCACCAAUGGAUCUACCUGAAAGGUUUCAUCACUUUUUUGACUAUGUGCUGAUGGAACCGCCACAUUUGAGCAUUGACUGUUUAGAUAAGUUUUCCGACACGAUGCGGUGGCUUGCCAAGGAUGUGGAAUCAGUCCCUGGCAAGAAGGACCGUGUAAUUAACCCGGCCACGUUCAUUAACUCUCAGCUGCUACGGAAGGAGAUGAAAGCUAAUUUGGGUUUUACUCCUACGGGCUUCUACCCAAGCUUUGAAUCGAAACUAUCGAAUCAUCUUUUUACAUACACGAACUACGAGUCAGAGCGUUUUGGUCCUUGUAAAGAGCCUGAAGAUGAUGAUGAAGAAGAUGAUGAUGAUAACAAGUAG